CCGGCGGGGAAGGCCCCGGGAUGGCCCCGGUGCUGCUGUGGCUGCUGGCGCUGGUCGCGGGGGGCCCGGCGGGCGCGCAGCCCCCCGCCGCCGCCGCCGCCGAGCCCGCCUGCCCCGUGUGCCUGUGGCGGCGGCACAGCAAGGAGCUGCGGCUGGAGAGCAUCAAGUCGCAGAUCCUGAGCAAGCUGCGGCUGAAGGAAGCGCCCAACAUCACCCGCGAGGUGGUGAACCAGCUGCUGCCCAAGGCGCCGCCGCUCCAGCAGAUCCUCGACCUCCACGACUUCCAGGGCGACUCGCUGCAGCACGACGAGUACCUGGAGGAGGACGAGUACCACGCCACCACCGAGACCGUCAUCAGCAUGGCCCAGGAAACCGACCCCGUGGUGCAGAUCGAGGGCAACCCCCACUGCUGCUUCUUCAACUUCAGCCCCAAGAUCAUGUUCACGAAGGUGGUGAAGGCACAGCUGUGGGUGUACCUGCGGCCGGUGCAGCACACCUCCACCGUCUACCUGCAGAUCCUCCGCCUCAAGCCGGUGACGGAGGAGGGCAGCCGCCACAUCCGCAUCCGCUCGCUCAAGAUUGACCUCAACUCCCGCAUCGGGCACUGGCAGAGCAUCGACUUCAAGCACGUGCUGCAGAACUGGUUCAAGCAGCCGCAGAACAACUGGGGCAUUGAGAUCAACGCCUUCGACCCCAACGGCAACGACCUGGCCGUCACCUCGCUUGGCCCCGGGGCCGAAGGGCUGCACCCCUUCAUGGAGCUGAGGGUGCUGGAGAGCAACAAGCGCUCGCGGAGGAACCUGGGGCUGGACUGCGAUGAGCACUCGACCGAGUCGCGCUGCUGCCGCUACCCACUCACCGUCGACUUCGAGGCCUUCGGCUGGGACUGGAUUAUCGCCCCCAAGAGAUACAAAGCCAACUACUGCUCGGGGCAGUGCGAGUACAUGUUCAUGCAGAAGUACCCGCACACCCACCUGGUGCAGCAGGCCAACCCCCGGGGCUCGGCGGGGCCCUGCUGCACCCCCACCAAGAUGUCCCCCAUCAACAUGCUCUACUUCAAUGACAAGCAGCAGAUCAUCUACGGCAAGAUCCCGGGCAUGGUGGUUGACAGAUGUGGAUGCUCUUAGACCCCCCGCUGGUGCUGCCCCCUCCGCCCCGGGCCCCACGUCCAGCCAACAAACUCAUCUUUUCUUCCAUUUUUUUUUUUGUUGUUGUUGCUAUUGAUUUUUUUUUAAAGAUACAAAGAACAAGCGUUGAAAUUCCUUUGAAUGUUGGGGAAAGAGAGUGAGAAUAAUAAUAAUAAAAAAAAUCCGGCGGAGAAACGCUGCACCAAACCUGCGCUUCGACAUGCAUUGUGCAAUAAGCAGACAUACAGCGAAGGGAGGGGGCGGCCCCCCCCAGCACCGCCACCGCCCCGGCACCGGCACCAUGCGGCUCCUCCACCGGACACCUCUGGCCCCAGGGGAGAGCAGAGGGGAGACAGCAGCGGCGCGGCGGACGAGCGGAGCCUGCGUUCCUCCGGCUGCAGCGGGGACGGGGACGCGGCCGUGCACCCCACGGCGAAGGCGACAUCCGAGGCUGACAGCGGGGGGAAGGCUCCUGCCCCAGUUCCCCUCUCAGAGCGAGGACUGCAGGAUCCGGCCCCGGGAUGGCUCCGCCAGGGCACGGCCACGUGGGCGCAGGCGGCAGCUCUGGCCCGGGAGGAAUCCGUCUCCCUCCUUUAAUUUAUUUAUUUAUUACGGACCCUCCUGGCUGGUGCUCUGCCAUGGGACGCCCCAGGGUGCUGCCUCCUCCCCACCUUCGCGCCACCAGCACCACGCCGGGCACCACGACGGCGGGGCCGGCACAGCCCUAGAGGUCCCGGCAUGCCCCCAGCCCUGUGCCACCUGCAGCUGGACGGUCCCGGCUGCCCCCCUGCCCUCCUGGAGCGGAUCUGGCCCCAGCGGGAUGUGGCCGGGGGGACUCAGGGGAAUGCGGCCGGGGGAGCAACCGUGAUGCAGGGUUAUCUGGAGGCGGCACCGGCCAGAAUUGGACGGAGGCUCUGGCUGGGGAGAAAUUCCGCUUAUGCGGCACAUUCGCCUCCCCCUCUGCCCUCGAUGUUUGGAUUAUUUUCGCAUGAGAACAGGAUCCUGCUUUCUCAAGAGUUCAUCUGCCCCUGCUGCUCCGGCGUCUCCCCUCUGCGGCCGCAGUGAUGCAACCGGCCCUGGCGCCAGGCAGCCGCCGGCCCUGCACCCCCCCCACCCCCCACGCACCGGGCACCCCCGCGCCCCCCGCCCCCGGACCCACGGGACGGAAGCCGCCGGCUCGGGGGCAGCACGAGGAAGACCCCAGACCUCGUCCCUAGCACUUAUCCAAAGGGUGCUGGUGCGCCCCGGCCGGGCGCCGUGCCCCAGCCCUCCCGCCCCGAUCACAGCACCGUGGGGCGGGGGGGCGCAGGGAGAGACCCCUGGCCCCAGCCGGGCUGUCCCCAUGCCCCAUGCAGCACUUAGGGACAGCUCAGGGUUGAACACGCCCUGGCCAGGGGACUCGGGAUGCUCAGCACUUGUCCCCUGCUCCAUGCACCCCCCAAGCGCUUACAAGGACGAGGCUGCCCUGAAGCCCCCCAAGCACUUAGGGCCCGGGAGCGCGCGGGGUUCCCAGAGCUCGGCAGCCGCUCUCUGGCCUCAGCAGCAUGAGGGAAGCGGUGUGGGGCUGGAUACAGCCUGUGGGAUCCGCCAGCGCCGACACCAACCCAGCUGCGGGGCGGGAGGUUGGUGCCGCAGCCCCAAUCCCUGCUCUUCAGUGCCUUCGGGGGCUGCCAGCGCCGCUUCCGGAGCCGGCAGGGGGAUGGGGUGUGGAAGCAGCGUCCCGCAGCACCUGGGGGGCUCGUCCUGGAGAGGUGGCACUCAGGGGGCGUUUUGACAGUCCCCAUCGCAGUUGCACCCAGCGCCAGCCAUCAUCACCUUGUCCCUCCGCAUACGACACCGCUGGAUGCGGCCGCCGAUCAAGGACGCGCUCGGGCAGAGGAGUGGCAGCACCCAGAGCCGGGAGCCGGAAAAAAGCCAAAAUCUGCUUUGGAGUGAACUGGAAAGGGCGCGGGGCCAGCGUGCUCCAAUGCUCAUCCACGGCCAUCAGCACAGCCUUGAGCCCCAUGCAGCCACGUGCCAACACACUCGGCACAAUGCAGCUGCUCCCUGGGCACCGCUCACGGUGCUGCCCAUGAGGUGCAGGGCACGAAAGGUGGCGGCACCGGCGCAGCCAAGCCUGGAGCCACGCGAGGCAGCAGAUGGGGACCACGGCCCCGAAACCCGGCCCUACUCCCACAAAAGCCCCCGUGCCCACCGGGGUGCCGCGGCAGGCAGGUGGCGCCGGAGAAGAACUGGGACCAGUGCCCCGUGCUGACUGGUCCCAGCGCCGGACCGAGGGCAGCAGGCUGGGCGGCGCAGCCCCAGCAGUAUGUUAUUAUUUACACUGUGUAUUGUUACUGUGCGUAAUGUCCUAGGUUAUUUUUGUUCGUUU